UCCAACGAAACCCCAUAAUAAUACAAACUUAAUUAGAAAGAUGUCGUCUUCCCUUCGGCUAAGAAACGCAAACACUCCGGCUCCGGAGCUCGACGAAUUUUCUAAUCAGCCACCGUCAGAAACAAGGAUGCUCAGAAGACAGAUGUCAAUGUCACAGCGAGCCAUGUCAAACACGCUGACGUCAGCAGCAAAUCUCUCAAACCUACUCCCAACGGGAACACUCCUCGCGUUUCAACUCCUAACGCCUGUUUUCACUUCAAACGGCGUUUGCGACCAUGCAACGCGUUCCCUAACCGCCGUUCUCCUCUAUAUGUUAGCCGCGUCUUGUUUCGUCAGCUCCUUCACCGAUAGCGUCAAAGCCGACGACGGAACUAUCUACUUCGGUUUCGUCACGUUCAAAGGCAUGUGGGUCGUUGACUAUCCUGACCCGUCCGGGUUUGGUUUACCCGAUUUAUCCAAAUACCGGAUGCGUGUCGUUGAUUGGAUCCACGCCACGUUGUCGGUUUUAGUGUUUGGAGCGGUUGCGUUGAGAGAUAAGUAUGUAACGGACUGCUUUUGUCCGUCCCCGGAAGCAGAGACGAAACAUGUCUUGGACAUUGUUCCGGUGGGUGUUGGGGUUAUGUGUAGCUUAUUGUUUAUGGUUUUUCCAACAAGACGUCACGGCAUUGGGUAUCUUGUUACCGGAAAUGUUGAUCGCCGGUGA